AUGUCCCCGCACUUUAGCAGCCCUGUUUCUCACGAGGAGAUCCCCAUUCUUAUUGUAGGAGGUGGACCUUCCGGUCUCCUCCUUGCCCAUUUACUUGCACAGUUAAAUGUCCGAUCUCUGAUCAUCGAGCGCUAUCCUUCAAGACUGGCGGCCCCCAAAGCACAUGCGCUUUCUCCCAGGUCUCUUGAAAUAUGCCGACAGGCCGAUCUUGACGUGAAUGAGAUUCGCAAGAUCGGGAGUCCUCGCAGCGAUGCCUAUUGGGUGAACUUCGUGACCAGUCUUGCUGGGAAACAGGUCGGCCGUCUACCCUAUGAGCGAAUGGAUAAGGAGGUGUUGAAUGACACUCCCACAAUGAUUCACAAUAUUCCUCAGCCGGCUUUCGAAGCAUUCGUUGCUGAAAAGUUGGCUAAGAGCGAUCUUGUCGAGAUACGCAAGAAUCACUCAUUCACGAGCUUGGAGCAGGGUGGCGGCUUUGUUGUAACGACUGUUGAGGACCGCGGGGCUCAAAGAGAGUACAAGAUCAGAUCUCGCCAUGUGGUCGCUUGUGAUGGGGCCAAAAGUGCUGUUCGAAAAUUCCUCGGGGUCACUUGUGAGGGAGAAGAACCUUGUGAAACCAUGAUGACGAUUCACUUUAACGCUGACCUGAAGCCUGUGAUCGGAGAUCGGGUCGGCAUGUUGCAUUGGGUUAUGGAUCCCUUGGUGUCUGGGUUCAUUAUCGGUUAUGAUUUGUCUGGAAACCAGGUCUUGAUUUGCAACUUUGACUCCAAGAAGCACCCAGUGGACUCAUGGACCGAGGAGCACUGUCGUUGCGUUAUAGAUGCGGCUCUCGGGAUGAAGACUUCUUACGAUGUGCUCAGCUAUCGACCAUGGAUCUUAAGUCGAAAGGUGGCCCAAUCCUAUCGAGUUAACCGGGUCUUUCUGGCUGGUGAUGCCGCGCACUCUUUCCCACCCACUGGCGGCCUUGGCCUGAACUCGGGACUUGGCGACGUUCACAAUCUUGCAUAUAAGCUCACCGCGGUUCAUCAAGGAUGGGGCGGCGAAAGACUACUGGACACUUAUCAGUCCGAACGCCGUCAAGUCGCACUUGUGAACUCCAACCAAAGUGUAAAGAACGGAAAGCAGAUCUUUGGCUUGUUGAAAGUCCUUGGCAUGACAGAUCUAGAUGUCGAAGUCUGCAGACAGAACCUGUACCACAAUAUUCAAGAUGCUGAUGCAAUGGUUGAAAUUAACAAAGGUAUUGAAGACCAGCGCGAGCAUUUCGACAAUCUCGGUCUACACAUCGGAUAUGUCUACGGCGACAACGAAAUUCCCACGAACGUGUCUCGUUAUCAAGCUUCUUGUGUCCCUGGAGCCCGGCUUCCUCAUACUUGGAUCAAGUUUUGUUCCGAGGUAAAGCAUUUACCUGCCGUCGAUAACUCCUACGUGCAUGAGCUAUCGGAAAAUGAGCUCUCUGAGAAGCAAUUUUCCACAUUGGAUCUAUGCGGUCUGGACACUUUGACUCUUCUUGUUGACACGACUAAUGCUUCUCAUUUCAAAUGGGUCAUUGAGGGUAUCAUCAAAGAGCUACCUCGGGAAGUUGCAAGUAUCUUACCUAUGAAGCUUAUUAUUCAUGGAGCCGAUUUUGUCCUUCAGGCUGGACCGGAAGCGCAGAAGUGGGCCGAGUUGAUGGAAUUGAGGAAACAGGCCAUUCUCGUCCGUCCAGAUCAGCAUAUCUUGGCGUGUCUUCCAAGUAACAGCGGACCCACGCAGCUCUUGAAGUGUUUGGUAGGACACUUUGGGUGGUAG